AUGGUCAUACCUCCCUACUGGCUCACGGACAAAGGCGUAGAUGAGAUUAUCCCAGAAGAAUAUGACGCUAUCCGCCGAAUUUUUAUGGAGACAUUGGUUAACGAGGAAGAAAAGCCAGUCUGCGAUAAUUUGAUCAAGCAUGAUCAUGAAUCUACAGCGUUGCGUCUUUCAGAGAUUAUGAACAAAACAUGGGACUCGGGAGCUUUCUGGUAUACAAUUGGGAUCUCAAGCCCCUCGGGGUUGUUCAAUAUCUUUAAUCACCAUAUCAAGCCUUUAUUUUGUGCCAAGGAUUACGAUGAAGACUUUGGUGUGGUCAUGCCUUUCUUCUUUGAUAAGAAUGUUGGAGCUAUCGCAGCUCGCAAGCUUGCAGAUAAAGAAAAAUAUGACGAAGACCUUCAGCGUGCCUUUAAUUACCAUGCCAAGGAAGAAUGA